UUCGUUCGUUUAUUCCUUUUCGUUCUCGCUUGACGUAUUUCUUUUCAUUCAAGAUGGCGGACCGUUUUCAUAAGGUUCUAGUCAUAGAUGGCCGAGGCCACUUGCUUGGUCGUCUUGCAGCCGUUGUUGCCAAACAAGUCUUAAUCGGACACAAAGUUGUCGUCGUGAGAUGUGAAGGCAUCAACAUUUCCGGCAACUUUUAUCGCAAUAAAUUAAAGUACCUUGCUUUUCUCCGCAAGAGAAUGAACACAAACCCUUCCAGGGGGCCCUAUCAUUUCAGAGCUCCAAGCAGAAUUUUUUGGAGAACUGUGAGAGGUAUGCUACCACACAAGACUAAAAGAGGGCAGGCCGCUUUAGAUAGACUCAAAGUGUAUGAUGGUAUUCCUCCCCCAUAUGAUAAGAGAAAACGUAUGGUGGUUCCAGCAGCUUUAAAGAUUGUACGCCUGAAGCCUUCACGUAAGUUUGCUGCUCUUGGUAGACUUGCCCAUGAAGUUGGCUGGAAGUACCAGGCAAUCACAGCAACCCUUGAAGAGAAACGCAAAGAAAAGGCUAAGCUGUAUUAUGAGAAAAAGAAGAAAGUACUGAAACUGAGAAAGCAAGCGGAGAAGAAUGCUGAAAGUAAAAUUGCCAAGUAUACAGAGAUUCUUAAGCAGCAUGGAGUCCUCCUUUAAUAUGACAUCUUGGUGACAGUUGUAAUAAAACCAUACAGAAAACUUU